AAUAUCACUGUGAAAAACCAAUUAAAGUCAAAACUUAAGAAUAAAAUUAGUUUAAAAGUUUAUUUUGUUAAAAUUAAUGUUAUAUAUAAUAAUUACAUAAAAAAUUCAGCAGACGAGGUGCAUUAAAGGUGAUUGCCCUGAACGAAAUCAUUUUUGUGUUUCGGUGAUUUCAUUUAAUAAAUUUCGUUGCUCGAUAUGAACAAUCAAUGGGCUGAAAUUCCAAUACUCGCAUUAGGUGAAAUUUAUUCCUACCUCCAACCAGAAGAUCGUUUUAAUGCUUCGUUAGUUUGUCGACACUGGCGUGGUGUCUUAUUUCAAAGAAGAUUUUUUUCCAAUUUUAAGUUUAAACUCCACAUUGGAAAUGAACGCCAGUGUGUCUUUUUCCGGAAUUCCAUUUCUAAUUUAACAAGCGAAUUAAUCAUAAUAUUUGAUUUUCAUAAUGUUUUCCAUAUUGAAAAAAUACGACGUAUCCUAUAUAGAAUCGCUCGCUGUGAAAAUAUACAAGGACUACGUUUUCAAACGAACAGCGUAGGAUUCAUUCCACCGGGUGAUAUCAGUGAUGAAAAUCUAGUCGAUAUUGAACAAAUAUUUGUAGAGCCGUUGAAAUACUUUUUGAGCCGAAAAGGGACUUCUUGCAGAGUUCUCGAUUUAGGCUCAAUAGAAACACUCACUUAUUACGCACAUGAGUUUUUAAAAUCAUUUAAAAAGCCCCAAGCACUGGAGGAACUAACGUUAGCAUCACUUAAAUAUGAUCCUUGCCAUUAUUCAAUGCUUGUGAUAGAAAAUUCAAUGUUGCAGAAAUUUACGUCAUUGCAGGUGUUAUCGCUAGAUUAUGAUUCCGUCAAUGAAGAACUAAUUAACACAAUACGAAUUCUUCCAUUAAAAAAAUUGUUGAUCUUCAUACAUGGCUUAGAUCGUACACAUCCUGGAAUAUCUGAUGCAUCUUGGCAAAAUUUUGCAAAUAAUUUUCCUUCUAUCGAAUUGUAUCUGACUUUGAUAUAUGCGUAUGAAGCUGUCGAGGUACUACAAGUACGCAUUUUACGUAGGAGCAUGCCACUAACACAUUUACGAGUGCUCUUUUGUGAUUUUAUUAAUGCAGAAGCAUUAGAGUGGUUAUCUAUUCACAACAGUGGAACACUUAAAAGUGUUCAAUGGAUUGAUUCCGCCUGUAAGCAUUCCGAUAAAAGCGUAAUGGAUUUAUUUAUGCAUUCUGGCCAAGAUCCUCUUAUUAUGAUGUCCUGGCGUUGCCAUUAUUUGGAAGAAAUUGUUAUACAUGGAUAUGUUUUAGAUCCACAUAAUAUAGUAGGCAUUUCUCGGUUACGUGGAAAUUCACUUAAACGACUUGAAGUGUCUAUGAUUGACGAAACUCCUGAUGAGCUAACAAUGGACACAUUCAUUGAGGAAAUCAAUAUUCUUCUAGGGCAAAAAUGGCAACCACUAACACCAAAUCAACUACACCCAGCAUUAGGAUAUACUCCGGUUACGGAAGAAGCACGCGACGAUUUCGUAUUUGACCUUAUACGCAGCGAUAUUUUUAAAUAAGAUUAUUUAUAAUAUAUAUUGAAAUUAUGCACACAAAUAUGUCAAGUUGUAUACCACCAAUUAUACUUAUAACGGUGAUAUGUAUUAUUACAACAACAAAAACAAAUAAUAUAUUCAAAAAUAUAAAAAUCAAUUUAAGAAAUGCAAAUUUAAA